AUGAGCUGGGCUGCCGGCGUGCUGCGGUCCAACCAGAGAGCCAGCGCGAAGCUCCUGGGCCCCGGGAGGGCGCGCAGGCCCCCUCGGGCGGCGCAGGUCCCGCUGGGCGGCGGCCGGCUGCUCACGCCCGUGUCGGAGAUGGCGACCGUGAAGGGGGAGCUCUUCAAGAAUUUGGCUCCCGAGGAGCGCGUCCACCACACCAAGGUGUCCAUUAUAGGGAGCGGGUCGGUGGGCGUGGCCUGCGCCUUAAGCAUCUUGCUGAAAGGCCUGAGCGACGAGCUCGCCCUGGUGGAUGUUAACGAAGCCAGGCUGAAGGGCGAGACCAUGGACCUUCAGCAAGGCAGCGCCUUCGCGAAGCUGCCCAACAUCGUGUGCAGCAGAGACUACCUGGUCACCGCCAACUCCAGCCUGGUGAUUAUCACGGCAGGGGCGCGCCAGGAGAAGGGAGAAACCCGCCUCGACUUAGUCCAGCGGAAUGUGGCCAUCUUUAGAUUGAUGAUUUCCAGUAUCGUCCAGUACAGUCCCCGCUGCAAACUGAUCGUGGUUUCCAACCCAGUGGAUAUCUUGACCUACGUAGCCUGGAAGUUGAGUGCGUUUCCCAAAAGCCGCGUUAUUGGAAGUGGCUGUAAUCUGGAUACUGCUCGUUUCCGUUUUUUGAUUGGACAAAAGCUUGGUAUCCACUCCGAAAGCUGUCAUGGGUGGGUCCUUGGAGAACAUGGAGACUCGAGUGUUCCCGUGUGGAGUGGAGUGAACAUCGCUGGCGUCCUUCUAAAAGAUCUGAACGCAGCUAUAGGUACUGGUAAGGACCCUGAGCAGUGGGAAAAUGUCCACAAAGAAGUGGUUAACAGUGCCUAUGAGAUUAUUAAAAUGAAAGGUUAUACUUCUUGGGCCAUUGGCCUAUCUGUAGCUGAUUUAACAGAAAGUAUCUUGAAGAAUCUCAGGAGAGUGCAUCCAGUUUCCACCAUAAUUAAGGGUCUUUAUGGAAUAAAUGAAGAAGUAUUCCUCAGUGUUCCUUGUGUCCUAGGAGAAAAUGGUAUAACAGACAUUAUAAAGAUAAAGAUGACCCCUGAAGAGGAGGCCCGCUUGAAAAAGAGUGCAAAAACUCUUUGGGGAAUUCAGAAGGAGCUCAAGCUUUGAAGUUGUUUGGAGAUAUCAUUCUGAAGUUACUGAAGACAAGAUAUAGAUAUAGGAUUGUGUAUGCCAAGGUUUGGAAUAACUUGAAUUCCUAAAAAUUGAUGAAGAGGUUCCCCUCUUUAUUUAGCCCUCCAGGUUUUGUUUGUUUGGUUUUAUUAUUUAGUAUCCAGAUGUAAGAUGGUACUUUUUACAAUUCUUGACUGCAACACAAAAGGGGGUUUUGGUGUCUCUUAUGUAUCAGUACUUUCCUUGAACAUCAGUGUCGUUGCUAUCUAGUCCAAAAACAAGUCUGUUUGGUUUUGGAUACAAAACAAAGAUAUUGGUGUUUAUUGUGUUAUAGAAAUUCCAUUCUUUUUGUUAAAUACAUACUAAUUCAUUCUGGCUCAUUAAUAAAUA